UAUGCGAGGUUAGAAAGGAACCUAGGAAACCGCCAUUUUUUAAGUUACUAAUGUUCCUAGACCAAGUUGGCGGCCCUCUCCCUCGUGCAUUCUCUUGUGGAGUGCCCACCUACCCACCUAAUGCAUCCAAAAUAGUUGGGGGUGUCGAAGCAAGGCCAAAUAGCUGGCCCUGGCAGGUCUCCCUUCAGUACUACACAGGCAGCAGCUGGUUUCACACCUGUGGUGCAAUACUUAUCGAUCGUUCCUGGGUGCUCACCGCUGCUCACUGCAUCAGUUCUGGCCGAUCCUAUAGAGUUGGACUUGGAAAACACAGUCUGAGCUCGUCUGAAGCAAACUCAGCUUUUAUUAGUGCCUCAAAAAUCUUAGUCCAUUCAAACUGGAACAAUAACAGUGUUGCAAGUGGGUAUGACAUUGCCUUAAUCAAGCUUUCACAGGCUGUGACACUGAACGACAAAAUCCAGACCAUCUGUCUCCCAGCAUCAGGUGCUAUUUUGGCAAAUGGCUAUGGCUGCUAUGCUACAGGCUGGGGAAGACUUUCAACUGGCGGUUCUUCUCCUGACAGACUUCAGCAGGUCCGUUUACUCAUUGUGGAUUAUGCAAACUGUUCACGAUCAGACUGGUGGGGCAGCACCGUAAAAAGCACCAUGGUCUGCGCUGGUGGGGAUGGAGUUUAUUCAACAUGCAAUGGUGACUCUGGUGGACCCCUGAACUGCAAAAACUCCAGUGGCAGGUGGGAAGUUCAUGGUAUUGUCAGCUUUGGUUCCUCUCUAGGCUGCAACUAUCCAAAGAAACCAUCCGUCUUCACAAGGGUCUCUGCAUACAACAGCUGGAUUAGCCAGAUUAUGGCAAGCAACUGAAAGGAAUGUAGUCUGAAAAGAAUCUUCAUCAAUACUGCCAUCUUUUUGAAAAUUAAAUAUUUAGUGCUGUGCUGUAUGUAUUCAGUGGAAACUGAGCAGUUAUAUGUUAUAAUAAAGUGAAUUAAA